UCUGACAGGUCAACCAAACAAACAACAACAACUGCCAUGAAAACAGGGUUGUUAAUGCAAAAAAAAACAUCUCACAUGACAAUUGAAAACCUUUUCUGAUUUUGUUUUGUGCUGUUUUCUUUAUCUAAAUAUAUUUCGAGUCAAUCCAUAUAAGCUUAACUUUACAAAGUUUAAUUAAUAUCAUGCGAAAUUAUUUACAACAUUUCAUGUAGACUAUUAGAGAUUUGAUAUAAUAUUAGAAGGGUAAUUUUCGUAGGGGAUACUUUAAAAAUCAACCCUACGAAGUGAAAAUUUGAUAUGAGAAAAAUCAGCCGGGUGCUAGUUUGCCUAUUUAGAACAAAUUAAAUUUAAUUAUUAUAAUUUAAUUAACAUCUGUCUUUGGCAGAGAAGUUGUAUCGUGUGAUAGUAAAGUGAGUAUAUCUAGCUCCGUACAAUACUCACAUAAAAGGGUCACAAUGUUUGAGGACGCUGAGAAUUUUGCUGAUAUUUUCCGCGGUGGACUGCCCUAUCUCCUGAUUGCACUGCCUAUUUUACUCAUUUGCUCAGCUAAUCCUGCGUUGGCAUCCAGCGAAUUCUCCGUGCAACGUAUGUCACAAUUCGAUGUCAAUGGUGUGGCUUAUGGAUGUCGAGCAUCCGCAUUAUCGCUAGAGGCGAAAUCUCUAUAUACUUGGAGCACUGGCAGGCACUGUGUGGUCGCAAAAUUACAAGAUAUAACUAUAGAUCAGUUCCGUGAAAUACGCCAAAAAGCUGGAGGUUUGGUUAUACUGCUACCGCAGCAUGUCAGCGAUAUGACUUUUGAGGAAAAGGAGCACCUCAACUUGCUUGAACAAGCUAUGCUGGCACAACCAAAUUCAAUUCCUAUAUAUUUCUCACCAUAUAAUCCCGAGCUGGAACGUAUUAUAACGGAUGUCACAAGAACAACCAGCAAUAAUAUUGAGGGCAAAGCUCAACGCACGUCAGCGGCUACAGAACUUUUGGCUUCAAUAUCAGCCAAUGGUUAUCAGGUUAUUGUAUCUGGUGGCAGUCAUUUAGCCAGCAAAAAUAGUAGAAUACCCAUUAUACAAGGUGAACUGGCAGCUACAACCAAGAUUAUGAAGCAAAUGGAAAGUGGCGGUGAGUCCAACAGCAAAUUGCCAUUAAUCGUCAUAGCCUCACAUCUCAACACAUUCGGAUUGUACAAUGAAUACCCUUUAAACGCCGAUGCUGCAGUGUUGCUGACACUUGCGGAUGUAUUUAGCAAAUUGCACAGCACACCUAACGCAGUGCCAAAAUAUCGCCUUUUAUUCUUACUCACGGAAUCGGGAAUGCUGCUAAAUUUCCAAGGUGUCAAAAAGUGGCUCGAUGAAAAUGUACAACUGCAGGAAGACAUCGUGUCCAUUACCGGUUCUUUAAUUGCGGCCAAGAAUCCAACCAAUAUAUUAGACGAGAACGUUGAUUUUGUGCUCUGCUUAGACACGAUUACACAAUCGUUGAACGCUGAAACUGGCAACCUUUAUAUGCACGUCUCAAAACCACCCAAAGAGGGCACCGCAAUGAAUGAUUUCUUCAAAUUGCUUAAAAUCGUAGCGGCACAAUAUGGCAAUGUCACAGUCGAUGGUGUACAUAAGAAAAUCAAUUUGGCCGAUCAGCAACUCGCCUGGGAGCAUGAGCGUUUCAGCAUGCGCCGUUUGCCAGCUUUCACGAUAUCCGCAUUGAAAUCACCCAAAGAGCCAGUACGCGCCACCAUAUUCAAAGACGCUGAAGAACAAAUUAUUGCGCAAACGCAACAGCAUGCUAAAAUUUUAGCUGAAACGCUAGCAAAUUACUUGUAUGGUUUACAGGAGCCAUCUGAAAUUUUUGCUGGGCCAAUGGGCAUCAAUAAGAAACUCAUUAAAGCUUACCUGCAGGUCAAAUCUGCGCUCCAUAACAACGACCUGAAGAACGCUUUCGAAAAGUACUUAAAGAAUGUGAAGAUUAUGUAUGAUAAACCCGACACACGCGAUCCGGACUUUAUGCUCUACGAUGGUCAGGAAGCGCGCCUAAAUGUGUAUCACGUGAAACCUGCCAUUUUCGAUCUCUUCCUAACCAUACUCAUAUGCGCAUACCUCGCCUCUGUGUACUUUGUCAUACAAUUCUUUCCAGCGUUAUACGACACAGUUUGUAAAAUGACCAAAGCGCAACCGCCGCUGACGCAAACCAAUUCCAAUAAUACAAAGUCUAAAAUUAAUUAAAAAAAACAAAAAUAAAACGAAAAAUAGUAAUAUUUUUGAACAGCAAAACUUUAAUGUACAGAUGUACAAAUUUUCUUGAAUACUUACUAACUGUAUUAGAACAAUUACAACAUGUAACCAAAUAGUGAGUUAUACAUCAUACAUAAUAGAUACAUACAUAUAUACAUGCAUAUUUGUAUAUACAUAUAUAUAUAUAUAUUGGUAAGGGCAUAAUUUUGUAUGACACACAACAAAGUGAAUUUUAGAAAAAGAGAGACUCGCAAUUCAAGUAAGAUAAGUAAUAAAAUCAGUAAUUCAUUUAUUAGUUAUAUACGUAAUUUGUGCAAGCAAGGUGAAAGGUUGUUAGUAAAACUAAAUAAAUAUAAUAAAACAAUUAAAUAAUAUAUAAAAAAAAAAAUUAAAUUAAAUUUUAAAAAAUAAAAUAAAAAAAGUAUAUUAAAAAAAAUAAUAAAAAAAAAAUAAUAUUAAAAAAAAUAAAAUAAAACUAUUAAGCGGCAUUAUAAACAUCGUUAAUAACACGAGCACCCAAGUAUGUUCCGUUAUUCAUGUAGUAUGAACAAUAAUUAACUCGACAAAACGAAUUGUGCCAUUACUGCUGCUCAAUUAUGCAAUUUCCACUUAAAUACACGUUUAAAUAAUAUAUUAUAAUAAAUUUAAAGAGUAAUCAUUGUGAGUAAACAAAUAUUCCUAGGAAAGCAUUAGGCACACAUUUCCACACAGUCCACAUAUGCAUUUAGACACUCACCCGCUGACAGCGGCGGCGCAGCAGCAGUAACUGUAAGCAAUACUUCUAAAUAAUACUUUAAAACAUGAAAUUAUAUAACAAUAAUUAAAGCAUAAUGUAGUAGUCAAAUGUGUUUUCGACAUUAUUUUAGUAUAAAAUCAAAGUAUACAUACCUACAUACAUAUAUAAUACAUGUUGUUUUGAUUAGCUUCAAAUUGUAAGUUCAAACUAAUGUGGCAACGUUUAAAAUAUUCAUGAUUUCACACGUAUUACUUUAAAUGAAAGUAAAACUGAAAAAAAAAUAAAGACAAAUAAAUAAAACUUAAUUUAGAAAACGACUUA